GGGUGAAGGCGCGGAACCAAUAAGAGUCACGAUUCUCAAGAGCUUGGAGCGCGCGGGAAAGAGACCCUUUUAAACUGUGGCGGGAACGUCAUUUUUGGGUUCUUGUUCAUUUAAGACAUCCGCAGCUGGGGCGUUGGUGCGAAUUGUCUCUUCUUGUGUGAACAUGGUGCGGACCAAAGCAAACUGCGUCCCGGGAGCCUACAGAAAAGUGGUGGCUUCUCGAGCUCCCAGGAAGGUGCUUGGCUCCUCCACCUUUGUCACCAAUUCUUCAUCGUGUUCGUCGAGAAAAGCUGAAAAUAAGUAUGCAGGAGGGAAUCCAGUUUGUGUGCGCCCAACUCCAAAGUGGCAAAAAGGCAUUGGAGAAUUCUUCAGGCUGUCUCCUAAAGAUCGUGAAAAAGAGAACCAGGUUCCUGAGGAAGCAGGAUGCAGUGGCUUAGGAACAUCAAAGAGAAAAGACCAGAAGAGGUCACUGGAUGCUCUGUCCUAUGUGGUGCUGGAUAUGAACUCCUGUCUUCUCAAGAGCAAGCAUGUCCUUUGCAACCUGAUCACCCAGAUGACGAAAAUGAAUAGAACUUACUCAUCUGAAUAAUGUCUUCAAUUUACUUAGGUAUUCUGGGAUGUAAACAUGGGUAGAUGUGUUUGUUUAUUUGACUUGUUGACUACGCAUUCAUGUAGCUAUUCAAAACAACUGGCUGUAAAAAGGGAAGAUUUUUAUAAUUUGUAAAUUAUAAUUGCAUACUCGAAUUUAUAAUGUAAUAAGAUGCUUCUUUUACCUGUUAAGUUCCUUGCUAAAAUCACCAUUGCAUGAUGUUCUAAUUACUAAUCUACCGUCUUUGAGAUUUGCUUAGAUCUUUGUACUAAUACCAUAUUAUGGACACUUCAUUAUUGAAAUAGUGCCAAAUUGUUAUGGCUUGUUUGCUUUAAAAACUCAACUUAGUCUUUUUCACAUUAAAAAUAAUCAGUAUUAACUGAAUUUAAUCUCUUGCCAUUUCUUAAAAUGGGGGAGGGGGCAAAGAUAAAAUGUCAGCUGGGUGGGUGGUGCACACCUUUGAUCCCAGCACUCUGGAGGCAUAGAUAGGUGAACCUCUUUGAGUUGGAGGCCAGCCUGAUCUACAAAUGGAGUUACAGGACAGCCAGUGCACCAGUGCAGUUGUACAGAGAAACCCUGUCUCAAAAAAAAACAAAACAAAACAAAACAACAAUACCAACAGAAUCAGUAACAAAGAUUUCAUAGAUACAUUAAAAGAAGAAUUUUUCUUGGAUAUACAUUCAGUUUAGUAUCAUAAAAUAUUACCUUUUUUUUCUUUUUCUCCCCCAAGACAGUGUUUCUCUAUGUAGUCCUGGCUGUCCUGGAACUCGCUCUAUAGAUCAGGCUGAUCUUGAACUCGCGAUCCACCUACCUCUGCCUCCUGAAUGCUGUGAUUAAAGACUUUGCCACCAUACCCGGUUUUUGCCUAUAUUUUUAAAGUCAGAAUAAAAAAUUUGAUAAAUCAUGCUAUAAAUCAAGUUUUAUGUCUUAAGUCCUUAGAAUUUCCCCUACAUUUUUCUCUCCUUCCCCAUUCCCCUUUGGUUUUUUUCAAUACAGUUUCUCUGUGUAGCCCUGGCUAUCCUAGAACUCACUCUGUAGACCUCUAACUCACAGAGAUCCACCUGCCUCUGGAGUGCAGGGAUUAAAGGCAUGUGCCACUACUGCCCUCCCCUUCACUUCUCAAGAUGAUUUGAUCAUUGAAGAGAUAGGUAUACUAAUUAUUUUGAGGCAGCAUCUCAUUAUGUAGCCUCUAAGUGGCCUGAACUCAAUAUGUAGAGCAAGCUAGCUUUUUGGGGUCAAAAGUAUGUGCUAUUAUGUUAACUGAUAUACCUGAUUUUCUCAUUUUGUUUUGUUUACUGACAGGCUAUCAGUUUUCAAAAGUAUUCAUGUUCUUAGCAGUCAUGUUUUUGUGUAACAUUUAAAAUAAAUGCGCAGUUUUACAAUA